AUGGGCGAGGGAGAUGGCGACGAGCCAGCGCUCAUGUCACUGGUGAAUCAGUUCCAGCAGUGGAUCGCCGUCCGUCUCUCCCGUACAUAUAGGACGACGUCGCACAUGGCCGCCACGGCUCUGGCGGGUCUUCCCUCACUGGAACUCCUAGAUUCGGUGUACGUCUACGUAUAUCGCACAACUCGGGAGCGGCGGGAGGGGGAGGACCAAGAGAACGUGGCCAGGGUCAUCGCCCGUAUGCGAAAGGCUACCCGUCAACGCCUUCUCCAGGGGUGGCAAAAGUACCUGGAGGGGGCGACGGGCAACUCGGGCAAUAGGGUCGCCGAGGCAAUCCGACCCUGCCUACAACAAUGGGUAGGCAGGGUCAAAGGAGAGCUGUUCUUCCGGACAACUCAGGUGCUCACCGGACAUUGCUGUUUCGGUGAGUACCUGAACAAAAUAGAAAAGGACCACACUACACGGUGCCACCAUUGCAACGCUGCAGUGGAUUCGGCGCAACACACCCUCGAGGUAUGUCUCUCGUGGGUGGAACAGCGCCGAGUCCUGACAGGAGUGGUGGGAGCGUACCUCUCUCCCUCGGCCUUUAUCAAGACCCAUGUUAGGGCGAGAAGAGGGCUGGUUCACCGUGACCUCCUUCUACGACGACGUCAUGUCGCGGAAGGAGAAAGAGGAAAGGCGAAGUGGAAGACGAACCAGAGGGAAGGCCCAGAAGACAAAGAAGUGCUUUCCCCCCUGCCCGCACACAAACGCGGGAUUGAAGGGAAGCGCGCCGAGGGAAGGCAUAGCGACAAUUUGCUAACGGUUCCUACGCCAGGUGAUCCACCAGACGCGCCACCACCAGGAGGCCAUGCUGGUAACAACGGCAGGUAA